AACGCUGUAGAGGGCGGACGUCUGUGUAGUAGACCGUAGCCAGGACAUUUCUAACGUAGUGAUUGUGUAGUGUGUGCGUAACUUCGGAUUAUAUACUUUUAUUUCUUAUAAUGCAAAGCAAGAAGCGCCAACGAAAACGGCGAACGAAACGCAGCGCAAUAAAAUGAACAUUGGCAAUGUAACAUAACCGACAUGAAGGCGAAAAUGGAAUCGCUCAUACGCCCCCCGGGCAAAGUUUCCAAUAGAGAUUUGCUAGUUGUGCUGCUGUUCUUGUGCCAGACGAUAGUUUGUGACAGCCAGUGUCCGAAGUUCGCUGAGAAGCCCCUGGAGACGAGGGUGCAAGACGCCUCCAUCGUCUUUAGGGCGGUGGUGGUGGAAACGCACUAUCAGACUAAAACACUAGACUUAGCGCUGGUGUCAAUUUAUCGGGGCGGAAUGGAGUUGGCGUCAGUCAGCCAAUAUUUUGGGUCCCCGUAUAACACGACGGAUAGACAAGUGAACCUCAAGAUCAGCUCUCAACUACUAAAUUGCUUCAACUGGAGCAUGUCACCACAGAGUGAGAUGGUGGUCUUCGCGCGGGUCAGCGAACCCGCUGUAGACCUGGAGACUACGCCACCUGAUGGUCCGUGGUUAGAAGCCACCUCGGCAGCUGUACCGUGGAGCCUGGGUGUAGAUAUAGGCAUUUGGAAUGCUGUAGGUUGGGCCGGGUGGGGAGAGUGGGGCCCUUGUAGUAAAACGUGCGGGGGAGGGAGACAGACGCGUCGGAGAUACUGCUCUAAACCCACGUGUGAGGGGUACGGGGAGCAGUGGACAUCGUGUAACUCCUUCGAUUGUGAAGGUACAAUAAACCCGCUUGCGCCAAGCGCACGGCGUAACUUUCACCCCGCUCAAGCGCGCUGGGGCCGCGUGUCAGACCGCCCUCACGCGUUCACGCUACGCCCAAACUCCUACAUUUGGAUAGCUUCCUCCGAGCUUUUCGCUGCGGGGAAGGCGUUCCCGAGGGAGUUCAGUUUGUUCCUGUCCUUGAGGUUGCGGCCUGAGAGCGGGGGGUACGGGCAAGGCACGCUGUUCUCGCUACGCUCGCGGCGGCGCUCGGGCUCGUUCCUGUCGCUCGAGUUGGCGGGGCGCGGCGCGGCGCGGCUCGUGCACGCGGGCGGCGGGUCCUCGCGCUCUAUAUAUCUUGCCGUGCCCUUGUACGACUUCAGGUGGCACCAUAUUGCUAUCAGCGUACACGACGACAACACGGUAAGAAUAUACGUAGACUGUCGAUGGCUGCGGACGGACGUCCUCGAAAAGGACGCAUUGGACACCCCUAGGGAUGCAGAUCUAAUUAUCGGCUAUCUCUUCUCGGGUGAUUUGGAGCAAUUAGUGCUGGUGCCAAAAGCGGGCCAGGCUCAUAAGCAGUGUUCCAGCCAAGCCAGCGAUAUGCCUCCAUAUGUUACACUAAACACGUAACUGAGAUACUUUUAUAUACAUUGUGAUAACGAAUACUCAAACAAUUUUAAUGUACAUGAUUGGGGUUAGCAAUAGUUUGAUGUGUGAGAUUGAAAGAUAUUAUUAUUCGACUUUAAACAACAUAGUCGAUGACUAUUCACUAUUGGCUUAUGUUUUGCCAUUUCAACAAAGUGUAUUUUUUAUUAAUUGUCGUUAAAUAGCGUAAAAUCCACAUUAAAACUGAAUUAUUGAUGGACCGAAUUCACAUAUGUAAAUAAAUAACACAGCAACACUUUUAUAAUUGAAAACGUACUUCAUAAUAUUUUAGCAUUCGAAUUAAUACGUAAUAUAUCUCUAAUGCUAACACGUUCACCAAAAUACUUGUUUACUUACUUUUUAUCUACCAUUAGGGUGCUUUUUCACAAUUAAUGUGCGAGGAUGUG